AUGGCAACUCGUCAAAGAGCUUCAAAGACAUCUGAUCUGAGAGCUCCGAAUGCAAAUGAUUCAAAAGUUUCAAAGGCCGUUAGUGCCAUGCAGGGUUUGGGGGUCUCUCCUGAAGUUGUCAAACCAGUUCUCCGCCGUCUUCUGAAAUUGUAUGGGAGCUGGGAGCAUAUUGAGGAAGAUAACUAUCGGGCUCUUGCAGAUGAUAUAUUUCAAUCCUUUGAAGACAAGACAAAACAUAAGUCCGGUGCUGAAGGCUCCAUGCCCUCAAACAUGAAUACUGCUACACAAAAGAAAAAACGGCAAAAUAGAGAACCUGCUGAAGACAUAAAGCCUACAGCCAAAUUAAUACGCCCAGUCGUACAACAUGGUCAUUCUAAUUCACAUGGUCCAACUACUAAGUCAAUCCACAAUAUCAAGGACAUAACGAGAGGUACAGAGAAAAUGAAAAUUUCGUUGAUAGAUGAAGUUGGCAUAGAACUGCCAAAAUUUGUCUACAUACCACAAAAUACGCCUUACCAGGAUGCAUAUGUACAUUUCUCAUUAGCAAGAAUUGCGGAUGACGGUUGCUGUAAAAGGUGUAUUGGUGAUUGUCUUUCUUCUCGAGUACCUUGUGCUUGUUCUCGUGAUACAGGGGGAGAGUUUGCCUAUACUCCACAAGGCCUGCUGAAAGAUGAGUUUUUAGGAGCUUGUAUUUCCAUGAAUUGUGAACCACAGAACCACCACCUUUUUGAAUGUCAAGAUUGCCCAUUGGAGAGGGCCAAGAAUGUGCAGAAUCCUGAACCAUGCAAGGGUCACCUAGUGAGGAAGUUUAUAAAAGAAUGCUGGAGAAAAUGUGGUUGCACUAUGGAAUGUGGGAAUCGUGUGGUACAAAGAGGUCCUACUUGCAAGUUGCAGGUUUUCUCAACGGAGGGUAAAGGUUGGGGUCUUCGCACACUUGAAUACUUGCCGAAAGGUUCCUUUGUAUGUGAGUAUGUUGGAGAAAUAUUGACAAACAUGGAAUUAUAUGAACGGAACAAGCAAAGUCGGAAAAAUGAGAGGCAUACAUAUCCGGUGUACCUGGAUGCAGAUUGGGGUUCUGAACAAGUACUAAAGGAUGAAGACGCUUUGUGCCUAGAUGCAACCAAUUUUGGGAAUGUUGGAAGGUUUAUAAAUCACAGAUGCUUUGAUUCAAAUUUGAUCGAGAUCCCGGUUGAAGUGGAAACACCUGAUCAUCACUACUACCAUAUUGCUUUUUUCACUAAAAGGAAUGUUGAUGCAUACGAAGAGUUGACAUGGGAUUAUGGCAUUGACUUUGAGGAUGAAGAUCACCCCAUCAAAGCAUUUGAAUGUCAGUGUGCAAGUUCAUACUGCAGAGACGUGAGAAGAGAAGCAGCAGCAGGAACCAAGGAGAAAGAGUUGAAGAUGAAGAGGUCUGCAUCUGGCAAUGUCUGAUAUGAAUGAUUGGAGCCUUGUUUGUUGUUGCUG